AUGGGUUAUCAACCGGACUAUGAAAAUCCCGCAUUGCAGGCGUUGGCUGCUGAUAUGCACGCUAAUCUUGGUUGCUAUUUGAUUGGAUGUGUGCUCAAUCUUAUUUUAAUGGCUAUCCUAGGAAUGCAAUGUCUAGACUACUACAACCCUCCUGACAUUAUUUUAGAGUUCUUUCCCAAUGACUCUAAACUCAACAAGGGCGUUGUAGGUGUUUUAUUCGUAGCGGGGUUUUUUCAGAGUGCAUGUUUCUUUGAGAUGCUCUAUCACCCAUUUAUCAACGGUUUCGGAGAUCUUAGAGUUUGGAAUGAUACCAGAUGGACUUGGUGGUCUGAGCCUGUUGUCUCGUCGAUCAUUGCUGUCUUUUGUCAAGCAUUCUUCUUGAACAGAUGCUGGAAAGUCACAAAAUCGUGGAUUGUCUUGAUUGUUGCGCUUACUGGUAUGGUUGCAGCAAUUGCUUUUGGUGUUGCAUGCACGUACUAUUUGGCAAAAUUUGUUGACUUCACAAACUCCAACUUCAUCGAAUCCAAGAUCUGCGCAAGCGCCUGGCUAGCUUUCUCGACUGCAACGGAUAUAUGGAUUUCAGUCUUCUUGGUUAUACAUCUUUACCGUGAAAGAAAGAGACAUGCUGGAUUCUCGACCACAGACCGCAUUAUCGCAUCUGUUUUGGCAUACACCCUUAAGACAGCUUCAUUAACAAGUAUCUGGGUGGUUAUCAACUUGAUUCUUUAUUGCGGUGUUACCACGAAUUUUGCGUGGAGUAUCUUCCAGUUCAAUAUGGGUAAGGUUUACAGUAUCUCUGUGCUUUACACAUUGCUCUCAAGAAUUGAUGUUCGUAAGAUUCUUUCCGUGCACAAUGUUCAAGUCAGUUCAUCGAGAGGGAGAUCAAACGACGUUGAUCACGCAAACUCCGCCAUACACAUUAGAACAGAGGUCGAGCGUGAUUAUGAGCUGGACGACAAAACAGUCCCACCUAAACUGCAAAUCGCUCCACCAUUACAAAGGGAGACUUCGAGAUCAACAGCAAGAUACUCUGAUUCUGAACCAGACGCAGAACUUGGUUUCCAUCACAGAGGCCCACAGGAUUCAAUCGUCGAUGACGAUCGCUCAACUCGUGCUCUCAGAUACAAUGCAAAUAGUCCAUUCUAG